UCCUGAGUAGGAGCCUAGAGUUGCGCGUGCCACGGAGCGAUACAGUGUUUAUGACAUGACCUCCAAUUUAUAGCAUCUUAGAAAAGGUCCUCUUCAGAUUACAAAAUAGGAAAACGAGGAAACUGCCCGUAGGCUGAAAAGCUGACGCGUGUUUUUAAAGGCAUUAAAUCGGUGUGGACUAAUAACGAAGAGGGAAGAAAGAAGCGACGGCAGAGCGCGAGAAACAGCGACGGCAUAAUAGACAAGUGCGAUUCAGCCUAAACGCGUGAGACUUUUCCAAGAAAAGGAAUAAUGAGAAACAUUUGGAUAUUUGUAACUUUUUGCGCGGUGGCCUGGUUUUCAGAUAAGAGGGUGACAGCGGAGUCUCCAACUGAUGACAUUUAUUUGGAAGACCAGUCGUCAGGAGACUACCCUGUGGAUGAUGAUGACUACAGUUCAGGUUCAGGGUCAGGUGAUGGUGUCGUAGUGGAAGAGGCAGUUACUGUAAACACAUUGUACCUCUCUCCCAAAGCUGAAUCCACUGAGCGUGUUCCCCAGGCCACAUCACCCAGCCAGGACACGCCCAUACUCAGCCGAGACACGCCCAUACUCACAGACAGAGACAGCACAGUGGAUCACUCUGAGAAAGGGUUCCCUGACAGUCCGACAGAUGAGCCGCGAAUCAGCAUUGAUGCCACCAGAACCGCGUCUCCUGAGAUCGCGCCGGAUGGCGAAACGCAGCUUGAUGAUAAAGUUCACACAGAAACCGUUUUCCAGAGGACAGAGGUCCUGGCAGCGGUGAUCGCGGGAGGAGUGAUUGGCUUUUUGUUCGCCAUCUUCCUCAUCCUCCUCCUGGUGUACCGCAUGAGAAAGAAGGAUGAAGGCAGCUACGACCUGGGAGAGCGUAAGCCCAUGGGCUCGGCCUAUCAGAAAGCCCCCACCAAGGAGUUCUACGCCUGAAGGAGAACGCGGCGUGGAGACCUGCCACCAUCCUGACAAACGUCUCUUCAGUCUGGUUAACCUACGCUGGAAUGAGAGAGAGGGAGAGAGGAAGUGUUACGGGAAACCUUUACCUAUUUAAUAAUAACGUAACAACGUUUUUUUUUUUUCUUCUUCUUCAUGAGGCUUAUUUUGUCAGAAAUCCAUAUUUGUGUGUUUUGUUUUGUUUUUUAGAUUGCCGAGGAAAAAUAAAUAAAUAAGUAAGUAAAUAAAUAAAUAAAUAAUGUAUUAUGUAAUUAAAUGAAUAAUUUUCUCAUGAAAUGUUUUAGUCAGUGACUACUUUGUAACUGUAGAAAUAUAUUUGAUUUUUGUUAAAAGACCAAGGAAAUUCAGAGAUGGAAAAAGUGGAAUAUAAUUGUGUAAUAUCUGUUAUAAGUGUUUCUUUUUCAUCACUUCUCUGCAGUUGAUUCUGUUUUUUUUUCUUUUGUUUGUUUGUUUUAAGGCCUGAAUGUCAAAUUUUAUCCUCAACAUGUUUUUGUGAGCACAUUUUGUUUCCACUUAAACUUUGAUAAAAAAAAAAGAAUAUUCCUUUUUUUUUUUUUUUCUUAAUUGGACUUAAACGUGUGCCAUGAUUUCUGAAGUCCUCUGUCAGUAUAACGUUAUGUACUUUGUUGGUCUCAUUGAAAACAGACAGAUGUUUAAUGCUCACAGUGUAAUUCCACAGUGUUUUACCCAUGCUUUUUCUUGGCCAUAUUUCCUCUUCUCGUUUGAUUUGAUUAGUGGAAUUUCCCCAUCAUCUCAAAACCUUAAAUUCUCCUUUGACUUGAGCCAAGAACAUGCGGUAUCAUAGCUGAGCUCUCCUCUUUGUUUGGCUGUAAUUUAGAGCAAAGAGCAUGUCAUUCAGUGCGGCGCGCUUCAGAAUCGUCUGAUGUUAUGCAGUCAUUGCAGGUCUUUAGUGGUAUUCUAAUUCACUUUCAAAUUCUGCCGCUCCUUUUCCGUUUCCUCCCUUUCACAAGACGUCUGCAUAACGCAGUAAUAACUUCAGAUUACCGACCUGUGAACCAACUCUGCCUGUUCAAACCGAGUAGAUGUCCACACUAGACUCACCUCUCAGCGCUGACCGUGGAAAGCCAGUGUGAAGUUACUGUUAAAUUUUUAAAAAAUGAGUUGUGGAUUAUGAGUUUGAAGAGACGGUCGCUCUGAGAAAUUAGGACCACAUGGCGACCGUUGGCCGUGAUCAGUGUUUUUGUUUUUUGCAUUUUUCUCUCCUAACUGAGAGGUGGUUUCUCACGCUCACUGAAUUUAUACCUUUACUCUUCCUCUUUUACAGUUAUGCAACUGAGCUGUGUUGCAGUAAUCUGUCCCUUUAAACUAGGCCGCGUGGCUUUAAUAGAUACAUUCCCUGACAUGACCAAUGCUUUAAUAGAUACAUUCCCUGACAUGACCAAUGUUUAGGCUCUGGCCCUGUGUUUCAGGACCUUGUCUUGAAUGUUAGGACUUCCCACAGCCAUCAGCAGUACUCUGAUCUCCAUGUACAUCCACUGUCUCACUCCCCUUCUGUGACUAAUAUCAGUCUUUUUUUUUUUUUCUGUUGCAAGGACCUGACCAUUUUGAGUCAACAAUGACUUACCUGUAUAUGUUAAUAUACAAUAAUUUAUAGAACACAAUAAUUUAUAUACAACAUAUAUGUAAUAUGUUAAUAAAAAAAAAUCUAUGAAAAUGUAUAUUCACAAAUGUUUGAAGCCCUUGAAGUGCCUACCGUUUUGAAAUAAGGUUAAAGUCCUGUCAGGCUUGGGGAAUGUCUGUAAAACAGCCGGAUCAGAAGCACACGCGAGAAAUGAAACCAUAGUGUUACAGAGACAGUAUUGUAUCUAAUAAGAAACACUACUGAAUAAACAUUUUCUCAUGAUA